UUUAUCUCUCUCAUACUAUACACAUUGUAUUCUCUGUUUGAGCAAAAAUACACUUAGAAUUAUGGCUUCUUCUACACCUGCCUUGAAAGAUGAACUAGAUAUCGUGAUACCAACAAUUAGAAACUUGGAUUUCUUGGAAAUGUGGAGGCCUUUCUUUGAACCAUAUCAUCUCAUCAUUGUUCAAGAUGGUGACCCGUCAAAGACCAUUAAGGUGCCCGAGGGCUUUGAUUAUGAACUUUACAAUCGCAAUGAUAUUAACAAAAUUUUGGGUCCUAGGGCUUCUUGUAUUUCCUUUAAGGAUUCUGCUUGCCGCUGCUUCGGUUACAUGGUUUCCAAGAAAAAGUAUAUUUACACCAUUGAUGAUGAUUGCUUUGUAGCAAAGGACCCAAGUGGGGCAGACAUCAACGCGCUGGAGCAGCACAUAAAGAAUUUGCUGUGCCCAUCAACUCCCCAUUUCUUCAACACUUUGUAUGAUCCAUUUAGGGAUGGCGCAGAUUUUGUGAGGGGAUACCCUUUCAGCCUGAGGGAGGGCGUGCCAACGGCAGUCUCCCACGGCUUGUGGCUCAACAUUCCCGAUUAUGAUGCGCCCACACAGCUCGUCAAGCCUCUUGAGAGGAAUACUAGGUCGGUCUCCUUUUCACCUUUUCUUUUGAUAUUAUGCUUUCCUUCUUGUAUUUAA